ACAGUGAAAGAAUCAUGUCGAUCUGUUGACCCGUUCCCGAGCCUAUUCGUGACAUACAAACACCAUUCCAUUUUUAUAUAUAUAGAUUUAAGAGGUUUUCAGCUUGAGAGCUGGUUUGCCUUUUCGUUUAUGGUUUUUUAUUGGUGCAAUAAAUAGGCCGCCGAAAAAAAAAGCCAUUCAGGAUUUUAUUGCUUAAGGCAAAUGGAUGACUUGCAAAAACGACUGAAGAAAAAAACAACAUCUCCAGAAUACAGGAGUCAAAUCUAUUAAUAAACCAUCAAUCUCCGGUGCAAGUGAAAGCAGAUAUUAGACAAAGUGACUAAAGUACGUGUUCUACUUUAUUUAUAGUUGGACGCCCCAUCUUCCGCGUCGGAUCAAAAGCUAUGAAGAAACGAGUUUGUCAAUCAUCACACCACGCUACGCUAUAGGAAGCAGCGCCUCGCAUCAUUUUGCAUUCUUUUUAGAACCGGUGCGAGGCUGCGAUUUGUUGUCCAGUUUUGUUCUUCUCCGGUUUUUGGCUUUUGCCAGUUUCGGAUUGAGCGUCGCUACGAUCGGUUGUUGCAACGCCUAGGUUAUAGCUGUGCGAAGGUCGCUCUGGACGCCACGGUGCAGCUUGGCGUUUGAUUCCGUUUAUUAAUUGCUCUUUUGGCGAUCAGUUUAUCAGUUGCUUCGGGCCACUGCGGGUCUGAGGUUUGCUGUUCUCGCACAGUGUGAUAUCAUCAGGGGUGAAGUGUUUUGCUUGACAACUUUUUGAUGAAAAAAAGGUUCAAGCAAGAUUGUUAAAUCACCUCGAACAAGUGUGAGCGCUGCGACGUUGAAAAAGCUGGUGUUGUACGAUCGUAAAAGAAGGACAUCAUGGCGAGCUAUCCGUGGACUGAAACGUCUUCAGUCACCACCACAACCACCGUGGUGGCAACACCGGAUGGUGAUAGCGAUGGGGCAUGUGCCGCCGACAACAACAAUACUCCCAUGACCAAAUUCAUCACCGCUAAACCACCUUCCUACUAUCGGAAACCACUGCGAACAGUAACCCAGUGGUUGAAGGGAAAACGACGUGAUGACGAUGCGGAAGGCCUCUGGCGUAUACACGAUUCGCUGUACGAUCUAACGGAGUUUAUCGAGUGCCAUCCGGGCGGAUCCGAAUGGAUCCGGUUCACUAAGGGAACGGACAUCACGGAAGCCUUCGAGGUCCAUCACAUCGGAGCCAGACCAGAACAGCUCCUGCCACGGUACUACAUCCGCGCGGCUCGAUCUCCCAGAAAUGUCCGCCUGACGUUCCACAAGGAUGGAUUCUACAAAACGUUGAAGCGUCGAGUGGCCGAAAAGCUGACGACGGUCAACAACCAACCAGCGCAAACUUCGGAACUGAUUUUGGAUUCCUUGCUUUGUGGAUCUUUCGUUUUGGCUUGUUUGGCUCUAAAUUGGAACAGUUAUCUGCUGGCGGCACUGGCAGGAUUGCUGGUGGCUUGGACGAUGAACUGCGCGCACAACUUCCUGCAUCGGAAGGACAACUGGCGAAUGAUGGCUUUCAAUUUGGCGUUUUUCAGCUAUAGGGAAUGGCGAGUAUCGCAUGCGCUGUCACACCAUUUGUAUCCCAAUUCAAAGUUGGAUUUGGAAAUAUCGUUUUUUGAACCAUUUCUUUGUUGGUUUCCGAGUGCUGCUGGUAAAAAUCUGUUCCAAAGGUUCGGUUCGUGGGUAUAUGGUCCGCUGAUAUAUACUACCAUGUGUCUGGCUGAAGUUGGAAAACGUUUACUGGAAACCAUUUUAACGAGAAAGAAUACAUUCUACGCCGACGAUGCGAUACCCGUGCUACUACCGCUCGCCAUGUGGGUCUCCAGCAAUAGUGACAUCUUUGAUGUCCUAAAAAUCUGGUUCGUGAUAGUGCAGGUCGCUGGGCUUGUUUUUGGAGCCAUUGGUUUACAUGCAGCUCAUCAUCACCCGGAUAUAGUACAUUCGGGAGAUUUGAUUCCAGCGGACAUCGACUUUGGCGUGUAUCAACUGGCGGCCAUCAUCGAUCGGACCGAUCUCAAGGGAUCGCAAUUCAAGGUGCUAGUUGGUUUUGGGGAUCACUGUUUGCACCAUUUGUUUCCUACGCUGGAUCACGGAAUACUACCGCAGCUGUAUCAGGUGCUGUUUGAAACAUGUGAAGAAUUUCAACUGGAGUACCGGGAGCAGCACUGGCUGCAGGCUAUCGUCGGUCAACAUCAGCAGUUAGCACGGAUCGAGCCGAGGGUUUACGUGCCAUGGAAGAAGGUUAAAUAGGGGUGGAAUCGUCGGUUGUACUUCUUAAAUCUUAAGGCUGUGUAGUGUUUAGAAAUGGGAAUUAGAACUGUGGAAGAAUGUGAUAUCAUUGCCUUUCAACUUCUGUCUAUAUUUGGAACCAACAAAGUUAAUGAUGAAAUGCCAAUUUCAAAGUUAAACGUUAGAGUCUGAUAUUUAAAUUUGAUUGAACUUCAAUGGUAUUCCCCUAUAAAUGCUUGGGUAAGUAAUGCAUUUUAUAUUUAUUUUAAGAUUAUUAUUUGUUUACAAACUUAGGCAUUAUUAAAGUUAAACUGAAGUUUAGGAAAUGUUGGAAAUACUAAUCCAAACAAAAACUAUAGAAUCACCAAGAAAAAAUAAACUAUCCUAUCAGAUAAGGUAUCCAUGCAGGUAUCCGUGUCUUUUUAAUUGUACGCACCUAUUUUCAUCCUACUUUAAGCAAAGGAAUGAAUUGCAUCUUAUUUUUGUAUUUUUUUUAGAAGUGAGUAGAUGGAAACAAAAAGAACAGAAUCAAUCAGCAUACUAAGAUCUUGUUUUCGAAAAAAAAGAUGAAUUUGGGAGCGUAAUGACAUUCAGAUACUACAUUAAGUACCUUUUAAUUUAAACCAAUUUUCUAGAAGGCCAAAAGGCAUCAGCUUGGCUGAAUGCUGAAACGUCGUAUAUUCCCACAUUUUGAGUGGCUGGUAUGUAAAUGAUGAUAUACUUCUUGAUAUGAUUGUCUUUCGUUAUAAUACGUUUGUGAUUUUCUACCGUGUAACCCCGAAAAAACGUUCAGAUCAAACGCAAUCAAACCAAUAGUUCGCUUGUAAAU